GAGGGGUUAAUGGGAUGUGGAGACUCGUGGAUACUCAGGUGUAGCGGGGUCAGAGGGGUUAGAAGGUGCCUGUGUGUUGUGACAAGACAUGUGGCUUGCUUGUCUUAAUAAAAUAAAGGUAUGAUUAUGUUUUCUUUAUAAACAUUUAUUGGGCAAGAAAUGGAGAGUUUUCUCUUUGCAAACCUUGUAGUAGACGCUUCAGAAAUGUCUAGCAAGUUGAAGAGCCGUCCUGCUGAAAAUGGGGAGCAUCCCAGGAGUAAAAUGGAAAACGGAACGGACAGCAUGGCAGCCCCUGCCCUUAGUACCUACACCCCAGAAGAGAUGGUACAACAGAUGAAAGAACUAAUCACUGAGAACAAUGACUUAAAAGAAGCCAUGAAGUUGCAUAACCAAGCUAUGAAGGACCGAUAUGAGGAACUUUCCAUCUGGCGAGAGAAGCAGAAAGAAGAACGAGAAUUUUAUGAGUUAAAGUUUAAGGAGGCUAAGCAGUGCUUGCUAGCCAAGUGCAUUGAAAAUGAACAGCUACAGCAACAACUUCAGACCUUAAAGGAAAGAGAAGGAGCUGAAAUGGAGGGCUGCAUGGCUCCCGAGAAGGAAGCGAGGCAGCUGAAAUCCCAGGUGCAGCGGCUCCAGGCUGAGAAGGCAGAUCUGCUAGCCAUCAUUUCAGAACUGCAGGUCAAGCUGAACAUCUCCUCAGCAGAGGAUUCCUUUGUGGAGAUUGGGAUAAAUGAAGGAGAAAUAAAUAGAACUGCAAAGGAACGUCAAGAGAAUAGCGGUGAAAUGACCGGUAAUGCUGCUGUCUACAUCAGGAGCAAAGCUGCAGAUGAAUCGAAGAAUUUGGAGUCCGAGGAGCUAACUGUGAGCCACUUGCUCUGCUGCCUUAGAAAUGAAACUCAGAAGAGGGAAGAACUUGAGAAGGAGCUGCAGAAUCACAAAGAGAGACUGUCAAAGCUGGAGAAGGAAGCCAGCAGCUGCCUGGACAGUGGGACACAAACUGAACAGGAAGAAGAGGAGAGUUCAGAGGCUGUUGGCAGUGAAGUUGAAACCCUGAAUUUGCAAGUUUGUGCUCUGUUUAAAGAGCUUCAGGAAGCCCAUGAGAAGUUAAAAGAAGCAGAAUUGAUUCAGAAGAAGCUUCAAGAAAAGUGCCAAGGCCUGGAAAGAAAAAGCUCAGCUGCUGCAUCGGAAUUGGAGGAGAAGCAGCAGCUAAUAUACACCAUCAAGAAGCUGGAACUUCAGGUGGAGAGCAUGCAGGCAGAGGUCAAGCUGGAACAAGCCAAGACACAUGAAGAAAAGGCAAGAUAUAGUAGCUUGCAGGAUGCAUACAGCAAACUCGUUCCUGAGCUCACUGAGGCAAUGAAAAGAAUCGAUGAAAUGAAACUCAAAGAGCUGGACAGAGUGGAUAAAGUUGUGGUGGAACAACUGAAUGCAAAGGUAGAGUUGGCAGAACAAGCCCUUGCUGCAAAGCAGCUCCAGAUAGAUGAAAUGAAGCAGAUGAUUGCUAAGCAAGAGGAGGACCUUGAAACAAUGGCUGUGCUCCGUGCUCAGAUGGAAGUUUAUUGUUCUGAUUUCCAUGCUGAGAGGGCAGCAAGAGAGAAGAUCCAUGAGGAGAAGGAGCAGUUGGCUGUCCAGCUGGCAUACCUGCUAAAAGAGCAGCAAAACCUUGAAGAUCUUGGCCGUAACUCUUUGGCGGAGAUGCAGAAUCGCCACGGAGCGAGGGCACCAGAUCGGGAACACUCACCUCGCCUUGUCCAAAGAGGAACUGGUAGUCAAGACUGGCCAGAGCAGCGGAAUAUCUCAAUGUAUUCAUGUCCCAAAUGUGAAGAAAUUCUACCUGAUUUGGACACACUGCAGAUUCAUGUUAUGGAUUGCAUUAAUUGAGUGAUGCCCUCCAAUUCUUCAUCUUCUGAAAUUUCACCUGCCAAACACAUAUUUUUUUUUUUCUUCCUGCUGAAAUAACGCUCAACUCUACAACCCGUGAAGGAGGCUUUCAGGGUUUUUCUCAUUAAUUCAAUGGGAAGAGGGUAAAACUCCUAUCCUGCCCUGUACUCACUAAUCUUGUUGUAAUCUGCUUUAGGAAAAGAAUUUUUAUAGGAUAACAAUAUGGAUGCAUUAAAGAACUCCCAGUGUGUCUGCUGCUAUGAAAUCUUUAAGGAACAUUCCCCUGAUGUGCUCUGCUCUUAUGGCUAGCCUGCAGAACAGGACUGAAUCACUGAAGUCGGAAGGGAGAUGGGAUAUAUGCUGAUCAAUUAAAAGUACUGUGAGCCUGUAAAUACUUCAUCUCUCAUAUACUGUGUACCAGAAAAUUAAUACAUUAAAAAAGCUGUUUGAGAAGCUUUCAGCAAAAUGGAAUAGUGCUGUAUUCAUCGAGCAUUUGAAAUGAACCCUGCUCUUUCUCCAGAUGGCAGUUUUAUUGCUGCCCUUGUGACCAUACUAAUCUGAUGUUAAAUUUUUGAUGGCUUAUGUAACUUCUUGCUUUAGCCAGAUGUGGGUAAGGUUUAAAACAGAUCAUUUAGGUCUGAUAUAUGUAGCUCCUGGUGUACCCAAGUCACUUGGUUUUAUAGAACUGUUCCUUUUUAAGGUGUUGUCUUGAUUCUUCUUUAUUAUAAUAAAUUCACUUGAACCUGUACAGUAUUGUGCUAGAAAGCGCUGAGAUGGAUGUAACCUAAUUUAAAAAGAGGAGUAUAGUGGAUUUUCACAUCUCAAAAUAAAUCUAUUGCAAGU